AUUUUUUUCCCUGAUGUAGAAGUAGAAGUGAAAGUUGAAACAACGUCGAAUUGUACAAGACAAACGGCCGUUUGGACAUAAAUUCAGACCAACUCCUGGGUGGUCCAGAUAAAGACAAGACAGAGGAGACAAAGACAUGGAGGAAAAUCGAGUCAUCAGUUCUACUCGCCGCCUCGGAGUCAUCACAAAUCACCUCUUCUCCGAAUCCGCUGAUCAACCGUCGCUUCUCCGAUCAGUCCGAACCUCCAGCCAGCUCUUCUCCGAGCAGGGGUAUAGUGUUGUCCUUCCGCAGAUAUCGCAGGAAGGGGAGUCGAAUAUUUAUAGAUCUGUGCACUCACCUCUGAAGCUCAUCACAACCUUUCCUAAUCAUCCUGAAAUCAGUACCUUGCAUGAUAAUUUUGAGCGCUCUGCUGAAAUAUUUCGAGAUGAAAGGUAUCUAGGUACACGAGUUGGGGUAGAUGGAAGUGUUGGAGAGUACAGGUGGAUGACCUAUGGGGAAGCAGCUACCGCUCGUUCAUCAAUAGGUUCUGGUUUACUGAAUCAUGGCAUACCAAAGGGAUCUUGCAUAGGGCUCUAUUUCAUCAAUAGACCAGAGUGGAUGAUAGUUGAUCAUGCUUGCUGUGCAUAUUCCUAUGUAUCAGUUCCUUUGUAUGAUACCCUUGGUCCCGAUGCUGUAAAUUUUAUAAUAAAUCAUGCUACUGUACGAGCUAUAUUUUGUGUGCGGCAAACACUAGAUACUUUGCUGAGCAGCUUGUCUAAGAUCCCUUCUGUACGACUAGUAGUGGUGGUUGGUGGCGCAGAUGGUCAAAUGUUACCACUACCAUUAAAACCAGGAGUAGAGGUUGUAUCAUACUCAGAACUACUUAAACAGGGUCAGAGCAAUCUCCAGCCCUUUCGUCCACCAAAACCUGCUGACAUUGCUACUAUAUGCUAUACAAGUGGUACAACUGGGAAUCCAAAGGGAGCUGUACUGUCCCACGGAGGCUUGAUUGCAAAUGUGGCUGGCGCAACUUAUAAAAUUAUAUGGAAUACUUCAGAUGUUUAUAUAUCAUAUCUACCUCUAGCACACAUAUAUGAACGAUAUCACCAAAUAAUGGUGCCAUAUUAUGGAACAGCAGUUGGAUUCUACCAAGGGGACAAUACGAAAUUGUUGGAUGAUAUGGUGCAGUUAAGACCCACUAUUUUUUGCAGUGUUCCUAGGUUAUUUAAUAAAAUAUACGCCAGUAUUCUAAAUUCUAUAAAGGCAUCUGGUCGUGAGAAGUUGUUUACUGCUAGUUUCAAUGCUAAGAAGCAGUCAAUAAUGACCGGAAAGAAUCCCUCUCCCACUUGGGAUGAUGUUAUAUUUAACAACAUAAAAGAAAAACUCGGAGGUCGAGUUCGUUUUAUGUUUUCAGCUGCAGCCCCCCUAUCUCCUGAUGUAAUGGACUUUCUGAGGGUGUGCUUCGACGGUCAUGUUAUAGAAGCAUAUGGGAUGACUGAAAAUUCUUGCAUGAUAAGUUGCAUGGAUGCUAACGAUUAUUUAAAUGGUCAUGUGGGUUCUCCCAAUCCUGCUUGUGAAGUAAAGCUUGUUGAUGUUCCAGAAAUGGAAUAUACAUCCAAGGAUAGGCCUUAUCCACGUGGUGAGAUCUGCGUAAGAGGCCCCACUGUGUUCUCAGGAUACUUCAAAGAUGAAGUACAGACAAAAGAAGCAAUGGAUGAAGACAAAUGGCUUCAUACUGGAGACAUAGGGAUGUGGUUACCCGAAGGCAGACUAAAGAUCAUUGAUAGGAAGAAGAACAUAUUUAAAAUGGCACAGGGAGAAUAUGUAGCUCCUGAAAAACUUGAGAAUGUAUAUGCCAAGUGCAAAUUUGUUGCACAGUGUUUCAUACACGGUGACAGCACAAAAUCCGCUUUAGUUGCUGUUAUCUCAUUAGAUCAGGAUGUGUUGAAACCAUGGGCAUUUGCUGAAGGCAUCAUGUAUGAGAACUUACACCAGCUGUGCAAUGACCCGAGAACAAAGGCAGCCGUCCUGGCUGACAUGGACGUUGUGGGUAGACAAAGCCAGCUGAGAGGCUUUGAAUUUGCAAAAGCUGUGACUUUGGUGCUGGAGCCAUUUACUUUGGAUAAUGGUCUACUCACUCCUACCUUCAAGAUCAAAAGAGCUGCUGCAAAGGCAUACUUUGCAAAAGAAAUAUCUAUGAUGUAUGCGGAGCUUUCGGCUUCUGAAACCUCAGAGAAGAAGCUACUGUAGGACAAGUGGAGGCAUCGAAUAAGAGAACCAGUCAAUCUUCUUUAACCUUCAUGACUGCAUAAUUAUUUAGGAAUGUGGUUGUCUGAGAAUUGGGAGCUGUCGUAGUGUUGUAACUUCAUAUUUAUUUACAAAGAGACGGGAAUUUGGGGUAGGGUAGAGGAAAACGAGGAAGGAACCACAACCAACUUAUAACUUGUGCAACUUAUAAGUCAUGUGCUAUGUAAUAAAGAAUGCAACAUUAAUUCUAUCAUAGAAAUGAAAAACUUUGUAGCAAAUACAAAA